AUGUGGAAUGUUACUGAAGUGGUUGUCCUAUUUGAAAAGUGUGACAGUACCAACAAACCUCUCCUGGUCUAUGUUGCAAGUGAGGGUGGAGCUGCUAGAACGUGGUCUAAUAACUCUUGUAAGAGUGAUGGUAAGUGGGAAGAAGAUAAGUUUAAUAAUCUGAAUCAAAAACGUUCAAAUGAGGUUCAUGAUAUUCUUAAAAGUGCUCUGGAUACCUAUAAGCAAUCUUCUCCAGGUAUGAAACCACGUUCUGAAGUAAGUCUUGAAGAUCAAGAAUCUGAAGAGGAAAGUGAGGAAGAAGAUGAUGAUGAUUAUGCUCCUGGACCUGGUGCUGUUCCUAUUACUGAUCACUCUGAACCUACUGAUCAAAAAUCUCAAGCUGUUAGAACUCUUGAUCCAGCACAUCUUGGACAAAAUGGAGUUCAACGUGAGGAAGUUCCAGCGGCUGACUUAUCUGACCAGGUUCCUGAUACAUAA